AUGUUAUUUGUACUACUUUAUUUUAUUGCUUUCGCUCAAGGACAUACUGCCAUUUUUCAAUGUCCACCAUCAAAAACAUCAAUCGAAAAUUCUCUGUAUGAUACAAAUAUUCCUGGUCUUGUAGCAAUCGUAGUUAAUUCAACACAUAUUCUUUAUGAACAAGCAUUUGGUUACAAUGCACCUCCAAUAUUCGAGGAACGUCAACCUAUUGAUUCUUCAAAGACAAUAUUUGUCUUAGCUUCUAUAUCGAAAACAUUCAUUGGAGUAGCUGCUAUGCAACUUGUUGAAUUACAUGAACUUGAUCUUGAUAAAGACAUUAAUGAAUAUCUACCUUCGCAUAUGAAAGUUAUUCAUCCAUUUUAUCCAAAUAUUUCUAUUACAAUGCGACAUGUACUUUCUCAUACAUCAGGCAUUGGACCAAAUGUUAAUGAAGAACUAAAACUUUAUGUACCCAACGAUGAUUUCACUAAAAUAAAUCUUAGUAGUACUAUUUUAUCAUAUUUAAAUAAUAAAUCAAAUUGGUUAUCAACACCACCUGGAGCUGCAACUCUUCAUUCAAAUAUUGGUGCUGGUUUAGCUGCAAUAAUUGUUGAACAAAUAGCACAAAUUUCAUUUGAACAAUAUGUACAGGAAAAAAUUCUUCAACCAUUAGGUAUUAGUAAAAAUGAUGCUGGUUAUCGAUUGAGUGAUUUUGAAAAUAGGAAAAAAAACUUAAUAGAACAUUAUCUAUUUAAUGCAUCUUGGCUUAUGCAUGCACAAAAUUUGUUACCACAAUUAAAUAUUAGACGAGUUGAUAGCACAUCUGGCUGGCUUUAUAUUCCUCGUUUUGGUGUACGUGAUUAUCCAACUUCUCUUCUUCGCAUGUCAGCUCAUUCAUUGGCUAAGUAUCUUCAAUCGUUUCUCAACGAUUUCUGGCCUCUUCUAUUAAAUUCAUCAUCUGCUAAUGAACUAAUUCGAAUUAAUCUAGAUGAUAAUAAACAAUAUCCAUCUGGUUUAUCAUGGCACUGGGAAACUGUUCAUGGAAGACGCUUUGUUGGACAUCGGGGUUCAUUGCCUGGUGUUACUAAUAUAAUGAUGGUCAAUGAAAAAAGAACGUUAGGUGUUAUUAUCCUAUCAAAUGGUGAUAUUGCAAAAUUGGAUGAUUUAGCAAAAACAAUUUUGGAAACAAUAACAAAUCUUAUGAUAACAUUAUUCAAUUGUUUUGAAUAA